AUGGAUAACAUUAGCAAGUACCUGAAGGAGGAGGACUACUACAUUAAGUUAAAGAUUUUAAAGAAGCAAAUUGAUGUCCUGAACAUACAGGAGGAGUACAUCAAGGAGGAGCACAAGAACCUGAAGAGGGAGCUGAUCAGGUCGAAGAACGAAAUAAAGCGCAUACAAAGUGUGCCACUGAUCAUAGGUCAGUUUCUCGACAUCAUUGAUAACAACUAUGGGAUUGUGAGCAGCACGGCUGGGUCGAACUACUACGUUAGAAUUCUUUCUACCCUGAAUAAGGAAGACUUGAAGCCAUCAGUGAGCGUGGCGUUGCACCGACAUAGCCAUUCAAUUGUGAAUAUAUUGCCUUCCGAGUCGGACAGCAGCAUACAACUACUACAAGUGAGUGAGAGACCGAAUGUCAAGUACACAGAUCUAGGAGGGUUAGAUACACAGAAGCAGGAAAUGAGAGAAGCCGUUGAGUUACCUCUGAAAAGCCCAGAGCUGUAUGAAAAAAUUGGCAUAGAACCUCCCAUGGGCAUUUUAAUAUAUGGACCCCCAGGUACAGGUAAGACCAUGCUUGUUAAGGCAGUUGCGAACGAGACACAAGUUACCUUUAUCGGUGUGGUGGGUUCUGAAUUUGUUCAAAAAUAUUUAGGAGAAGGUCCAAGAAUGGUAAGAGAUGUGUUCAGGUUGGCUAGAGAAAAUUCUCCUUCCAUUAUUUUUAUUGACGAGGUAGAUGCAAUAGCCACAAAAAGAUUCGAUGCACAAACAGGGGCAGACAGAGAGGUUCAAAGAAUUCUUUUAGAAUUACUGAAUCAAAUGGAUGGGUUCGAUAAGUCCACUAAUGUAAAAGUUAUUAUGGCCACCAACAGGGCCGAUACACUAGAUCCUGCAUUAUUGAGACCAGGCAGACUAGACAGAAAAAUUGAAUUCCCUCUCCCAGACAGAAAGCAAAAAAGACUCAUCUUCCAAACCAUCAUUAGCAAAAUGAAUGUUAGUAGCGACGUCAAUAUUGAAAAUUUCGUGGUCAGAACAGAUAAGAUAAGUGCAGCUGAUAUUGCGGCCAUUGCACAGGAGGCAGGCAUGCAAGCUAUACGGAAGAACCGCUACAUCAUCACGGCGAAUGACUUCGAGCAGGGCUACCGCACGCACGUCCGCAAGCAGCUGCGCGAUUAUGAGUUUUAUAACAUAUAG